AUGUAUUUGAUAUCAUCAUUAAUGCAACAGCAAACCUUGGCACAUGAUCUUUUAACGGUGACGGUUUUCUUUCUGAUAACUUUGCAACAUGGUUUGCAGCAGCACACAGUUUUACGUACACAACAGCAUGGACCACAGCAACAAUCACAGCAAGGGUCGCAGCAAGAGCAACAACAAGGAUCACAGCAAGAACAACAACAAGGGUCACAGCAUGAACUACAACAUGAGCCACAGCCGCAGCCACAACCACAACCACAUCCACAACCGCAUCCGCAACCACAACCACAGCCUGGCAUAUUAAUAGUAAUAAUGUAG